AUGGCAGUCCCUCAUCCCCUGGCCCCCCUCUCCAAGGCCGAGUUUGAGAGAGCACGCGACACCGUCGUCAAGCUAUACGGCCCCGACUCCAGCCUCUUUUUUCGUUCUAUCUACCUUCACGAACCUCCUAGAGCCGACCUCGUCUCGUUUCUUCAGGCCGAACAUGACGGCACGCUUACCGACAGCACGCCCCGGCCUCUUCGCCUGGCCGUGGCCCAUUACGACGUCAUUCACACCGCUACGAAGCACCUUGAAUACGCUCAGUCCGUCGUCGACCUGAACCUCUCGUGGGAAAUAGAGAGACGGGUUGCGGGUCCUCGUGACCAGGCUGGCUAUCCCCCGUUCGAGUUUGCCAUCUUCUAUGAUGCCUGCGUCAAGUCCAGCCUUUUCAAGGAAGCCAUGGCCGAGUUUGUCCUCCCAGAACACUUCACCGUCACCAUUGACCCCUGGCCCUAUGGAGGGCUUGACCCGGACGACGACCGUCCCCGUCUCCUGCAAGGCCUAGUCUACGCUCGUGAUGGCUCGAAUAACAAUCCCGAUUCAAAUCACUACGGCUUUCCCAUCCCCAUCAUCCCCGUCAUGGAUGUAGCCACGAAGGAAAUCAUUCGAGUCGACCGUUUGGCCACCGGCGGAGCAGCCCAAGACGGCUUGGAGCCAGCACCUCGAGAGUCAGAUGCCAAACCAAAACCUCUGUUCCUCAACUCCCGACCCUCCGAAUACGUCCCCGAGCUCUUGGAUCGCCCACUUCGCACCGAUAUGAAGCCCAUCAACAUCACCCAGCCCGAAGGCACAUCCUUCACCGUCCACCCGGACAACCUGGUAGAGUGGCAAAAGUGGCGUUUCCGCCUCGGCUUCACCCCGCGUGAAGGCGCCGUCCUCCACGACCUCUGCUACGACAACCGCCCCAUCCUCCUGCGCGUCAGCUACAGCGAACUCACCGUCCCCUACGGCGACCCCCGCCCCCCGUUCCAGCGGAAGCAGGCCUUCGACCUCGGCGACGGCGGCUUCGGCCGCGCCGCUAACAACCUGGAGCUCGGCUGCGACUGCCUCGGCGCCAUCCACUACUUCGACGCCUACCUGACCGACCCCCGGGGGAACCCGACGCUCGCCAAAUCGGUGGUGUGCCUGCACGAGCAGGACAACGGCAUCGGGUGGAAGCACACCAACUUCCGCACCGACCGCGCGGUCGUCACCCGCCUGCGCGAGCUGGUCGUCCAGUGCGUCGUCACCCUCGCCAACUACGAGUACAUCUUCGCCUACAAGCUCGACGUCGCCGGCGGGAUCACCCUCGAGACCCGCGCCACGGGGAUUGUGAGCGUCGUCGCCAUCGACGAGGGGAAGCGGUCGCCCUACGGCAACGUCGUCGCCCCGGGCGUCCUGGCGCAGAACCACCAGCACAUCUUCGCCGUGCGGAUCGACCCCGCCGUCGACUCGUAUGCCGCGGGAGACAGCCGCGUCGCUGUCGAGGAGAGCGUCCCGGUCGCGGCGGACCCGGAGACGAACCCGUAUGGGAACUACUACGAGGUCAGGAAGCGCACGGUCGAGAAGGCGUGCUGGCUCGACGCCGAGCCCAUGCUCAACCGUCUUGUCCGGUUGGAGAACGCGCGCAAGAAGAACGAGGUUUCGGGACGGCCCGUGGGAUACAAGCUGACCCCGCCGCCGACGCAGCUUCUGCUGGCCGAUCGGAACGGACUGCAGGGGCGUCGGGCCAAGUUUGCGCACCAUCAUGUCUGGGUCACGGGCCAUCGGGACGGCGAGCUCUGGGCCGCCGGCGAGUUUACCAACCAGAGCACUGAGGAGAAGGGGGGUGUGUACGAUAUGGUGCAGCGGGGCGACUGGUUCGUCGACGACGAGGAAGGGGAGCAGCGGGUCAACAAAGACGACGAAGACGAAGACGGCGGAAAGAAUGCUGAGGAGCAGGGCAGACUGAGCAGUCCUAUCCUGUGGAGCGUCUUCGGACUCACACACAACCCGCGUGUUGAGGACUGGCCUGUGAUGCCUGUGGAGGUCCACCAUGUCAACAUCCGGCCUGCCGACUUCUUCACGUCAAACCCGGCACUCGAUGUCCCCAGCUUCAAGAACAAAGCAUCCGUCAUCGUGCCUUGCUGUGGAGGACGGCAAGAUCUCAAGGCGGCGAACGCGAACUCGGAGGCCGAGGAGGGAACGGUUCAGAGGGAUGCUGCGGCGCAUAUGCAGGGGCCUGGGCCUGAUCUGGCAGCGGGAGAUGUGGGAGCACAUGUUAAAUGA